UCGCCACGAAACAAGAAAAAGAGUAGGAAAAGCAAUAAAUUUUUGAAGUUGAACUGAAGAUGAAUUGGAGUGCAGGAAGCAAAGCGUGGAUUGUUGCAGCAAGUAUUGGAGCUGUUGAGGCUUUGAAAAACCACAACCACGCAAUGAAGGCCAUCAACCAACAUGCCAAGAUCAGUGUUAGAUCAUUCUCUCAGGCCAAGAAGCUUUCUUCUUCUGCAAAGGCUUCUAGCAAAAAACCAAAGCAGGCUGACGACUCUUUGAGGAAAGUUAUGUACUUGAGCUGUUGGGGUCCUUAUUGACACCAAAGCACUAAA